CCUCCUCCUCCUCCUCCUCCUCCCUCUUCCCGCCCCUCCCUCCGCGCACGCGCCCCGCGGCGCCCCGGCGGCGGAGCCAAGAUGGCGGCGGUGGUUCAGAAUGUGGUCAAGCUGCUGGGCGAGCAGUACUACCGGGACGCCAUGGAGCAGUGCCACAGCUACAACGCGCGGCUCUGCGCCGAGCGCAGCGUGCGCCUGCCCUUCCUGGACUCCCAGACCGGCGUGGCGCAGAGCAACUGCUACAUCUGGAUGGAGAAACGGCACCGCGGGCCCGGUUUGGCGGCCGGGCAGCUCUACUCGUACCCGGCGCGGCGCUGGCGCAAGAAACGCCGCGCCCACCCCCCGGAGGACCCCCGGCUCUCCUUCCCUUCCAUCAAACCCGACGCGGAGCAGACGCUGAAGAAGGAAGGGCUGAUCUCCCAGGACGGGAGCAGCCUGGAAGCGCUGCUGAGGACGGAUCCUUUGGAAAAGCGUUCCCUGCCGGAUCCCAGGAUGGACGACGACAGCCUGGGAGAGUUCCCGGUCACCAACAGCCGCGCUCGGAAGCGGAUCCUGGAGCCGGAGGAUUUCCUGGACGAUUUGGACGACGAGGAUUACGAGGAGGACACGCCCAAGAGGAGAGGGAAAGGCAAAGCCAAGGGAAAAGGCGUGGGGGGGGCUCGGAAGAAGCUGGACGCGGCCAUCCUGGAGGACCGGGACAAACCCUACGCGUGUGACAACAGUUACAAACAAAAGCAUUCCUUGAAACCUCCCGACCGAGUCUGCGGGAAGCGCUACAAGAACCGCCCGGGGCUGAGUUACCACUACGCCCAUUCCCACCUGGCCGAGGAGGAGGGAGACGACAAGGACGAUUCCCAGCCCCCCACGCCCGUCUCCCAGCGCUCCGAGGAGCAGAAAUCCAAGAAGGGUCCGGACGGAUUGGCUCUUCCCAACAAUUACUGCGACUUCUGCCUGGGAGACUCCAAGAUCAACAAGAAGACGGGACAGCCCGAGGAGCUGGUGUCCUGCUCCGACUGCGGCCGCUCCGGCCACCCGUCGUGCCUGCAGUUCACGCCGGUGAUGAUGGCGGCGGUGAAGACGUACCGCUGGCAGUGCAUCGAGUGCAAGUGCUGCAACAUCUGCGGCACCUCCGAGAACGACGACCAGCUGCUGUUCUGUGACGACUGCGACCGCGGGUACCACAUGUACUGCCUGACGCCGUCCAUGUCCGAGCCCCCCGAGGGGAGCUGGAGCUGCCACCUCUGCCUGGACCUGCUCAAGGAGAAGGCGUCGAUUUACCAGAACCAGAACAGCUCCUGAUCCCGCUCUUCCUCCCCAUCCUCCUCCUCCUCCUGCUCCUCAUCCCCUCGGCUUUGGGGCCUUUUAAUUCCCCUCUUUUUUUGGGUCAUUUUCCCUUUUUUUUCCUUUUUUCCCCCCUUUUUUCCCUUUUUUUUCCCUUUUUUCCCUUGAUUUCCCCUUUUAUGGGGGGGGGGGGUCCUUCUCCUUUUAUUCUCCUUUUAUUUUCCUUUUAUUUCCCUUUUAUUUUAUUUUUAAAACUUUCCUGGUUUCCUCCUCCUCUCAUUCCCUUUUUUCCUUUGUUUUUUUCACCUUUUCCAUCUUUUUUAAUCCCUUCCACUCCCUCCAUUCCACCUAUUUUUUGUUUUUUUCCCCCUCCUUUUCCCUGAUUUUGGCUCCUUUUUUUUCCCCAAUUUUUUCCCCUCCUGACAUUUUUUUUAGGGUCACUCCUCCCGGGGUGACUUUCAUCCCUUUCCCCCCAAAAAUUCCCAGGAUUUCACCCCCAAACUCUCCCCUUCCUGGCACUGCAGGUGCCAAUUUUUCCCUUUUUCCCCUUUUUUUGGGAGGAAUUCCAGGAUUUGGGGGCUUUUUUUUUUUUUCCCCCCCAUAUUUUAGGGAUUUUUCCCGCUUUGAUUUUUAUUCCCUUUUCCCCCCAUUUUUAUCCCCCAUGAGGCCUUACCCCUCCCCCACCACCCCAAAAUGGGGCAAAAUCCCUGGAUUUGGGGAUUUCCCCCCCCACCCUUCCCCUGCCGGCACAAAACGGGGUAAAAAAACCCAAUUUUGGGUUUUUCCUCUUGCUCCCCUCCCCCAGGGUCGCUUUGGGGCUUGAGGUUGGAUUUUUUUCGGGAGGAAAAAUUUUUAAAAAUCCCUUUUUGGCCCCAAAACGCCGCUUUUGGGAAGGGAGGGGUUUGGGGCUGUGGGGACCCCUCCCAAAAAUUCCCCGAAUCCCGAAUUUCCCCCCCUGCCCCGGUCCCGUGGACUGAAUGUGCCUGUUUUUCUAAAAAAAAACCACCAAAAAAAACCACAAAAAAAAAGAAAAAAAAACACAAAAAAUAAAUGGACUUUAAAGCACCUACCUCCGACUGCCCCUCCCCCCCUGCGCCCCCAAAUCCCCCCCGAGAGGAGCCCCCGGGACGGGCCCCAAAAACGGCCGGAAUGACCCAAAAAUGAGCAAAAUAACCCCGAAAACGGCCGGAAUGACCCAAAAAUGGGCAAAAUAACCCCAAAAACGGCCGGAAUGACCCAAAAAUGAGCAAAAUAACCCCAAAAACGGCCGGAAUGACCCAAAAAUGGGCAAAAUAACCCCGAAAACGGCCGGAAUUACCCAAAAAUGGGCAAAAUAACCCCGAAAAUGGCUGGAAUGACCCAAAAAUGAGCAAAAUAACCCUGAAAAUGGCCGGAAUGACCCAAAAAUGGGCAAAAUAACCCUGAAAACAGCCGGAAUGACCCAAAAAUGAGCAAAAUAACCCCGAGAAAUGACUGAAAUAAACCCAAAAAUGGGCAAAAUUGUCCCGAAAAAUGGCUGAAAUAACCCCAAAAGUACUGAAUUAAUCCUAAAGUAUUCAAAUAACCAAAAAGUCCGAAAUAGCCCCAAACUUGACCAAAAUAACCCCAAAACUACUCAAAUGGCCCUAAAAGAACCAAAUAACCCCAAAAUUAUUAAAACCUCCCCCCAAAAUUAAUCUUAGAAUCCCCAAAGAUUUCAAAAUAUCGCCGGAAAUUGACCGAAAUAACCCCGAGAAAUGGCGGAAACGACCAAAAAAACCCGACCGAAAUACCCCAAAACUGGCCAAAAUAACCCCAAAAGUGACUGAAGAGCGACCCCAAACUUCUCCAAAUCGACCCAAAUCCCUGAAAAUCCCCCCCAAAAUUCCGGCUCCGCCGCCUCAUCCCGGCGCUUUCUCUCCUCCCCGUCCCCCAGCGCGAUUUUGGGGCGAAUCGACGGCGUUUUGGUUCAAAAUGGGAUUUUUUUUUUUUUCCGCCCCCCCGUUUUGGGGGUGGAGACGCGGAAAUGUCCCAAAACGGGGGGAAUUCGCCCCAAAUUCCCCUCGGCGAAGCUUCGCGGUUGUGUCUGAUCCGGGAAAAGCGAAACGGCGCCGAAACAGCACCAAAACGGCACCAAAACGGCACCAAAACUGCUCCUUUUUCGUAAUAAAA